GAGGAGGAGGGAGUUUGAAUGUGAGGCGCUCAGACUACACGGGUUUGUUUGACAAGAGCAGAGCUCUUCUGGAGUAUAAACUUCUACAUAUAAAGAUGGAAAACGGGAGAAUACACACCCAGCGGACGGCCGUGGCUAAAAGGAAAAGCCUUCAUAAUCCACGGUGGCUGCAGGACCCAGACCUGAAUCCAGCACGGCCAGUGAAAAGGCGAUGCAGGGAAAACAAGGAGAAUGCUGGACUUUCAGAGAACAUGCAGAGAAGAUCAUCAACCAGAUGCAGCAGAGCAGUGAGAGAUAUCAGACACAAGAGGGCGCCGGCUCACUGUCUACAGGCAAAUAUAUGCGCAGGCAGGUCUGAGGACAGUGAGUGGGGUGAAGCAGUGAGUGGUAAGAGUCCAGCAGCACCACAGGUUAAAGUAGCAGCAGUCGUUAAAACCUCUGUGAAGAAUGACCCGCAGCCCGUCCCCAGAAAGAAGAGGAAGAUCCAGCCCUCUGUGUUCAGAGGCAAAGGCCAACUGAAACUGAUAGUAACGCCAUACAAUAGACUGCUCUGUGUACAAAUUCUAGAAGCCAGAGGACUUUUGGGUAAAGAAUACAGACCAUGUGACUCAUAUGUCAAGAUAUCACUGGUUCCAGAAGUCGACCACAGCAAAAGACAGAGGACCAGGACGGUCUUAGACUGCAAGAACCCGGUCUUCAACGAGACCUUUGCAAUAUCUGUGGGUGAAGAAGAGCUACACAAGAGAUUGCUGGUCACCGCUUGGAAUCGCAGUCGGACUUCUAGAAGGAUUGACUUCCUGGGCUGUAUGAGUUUUGGAGUUCAGUCCCUCAUUUCAUCAGCAAAGGAGAUUAGGGGCUGGUAUUAUCUCCUGGGUGAAGAGCUGGGCAGGAGCAAACAUCUGCGAGUGGCUUCACGUCGCAUCAAGCAGUCGGCCGAAGCUGCCCUGUCCAACCACGCUGCUGGACCUGAGUUCGCGGCCCAACCUGAGAACACCCAGUCGCUGACCGUUACCAUUCUGAGAGGCAAGGAUGGAUUCGGCUUCACCAUCUGCUCAGACUCACCUGUACGAGUGCAGGCAGUAGACCCAGGUGGACCGGCUCACCAGGCAGGCCUGCAACAGCUGGACACAUUACUGCAGCUGAAUGGUCAACCAGUGGAGCACUGGAAGUGUGUGGAUCUGGCCCAUGCCAUCAGAAAUUGCAGGAAUGAAAUCACGGUGGUGGUGUGGAGAACAAUGCCAGUCAUGAAGCCUUACUACGAGGGCCUGAUCCACAGACCCUCGUACAAACCCACCGGCUUCGACACGCUUUCCCCCAACGCCAAGACCCAAAACAAGACUCCGCCCCUGCUGUCUCGCCCCUCCAACCAUAAACCUGGACGCCGUAAGAAAGGAAGCAGCUCUGAAAGCACAGGAAGCGGAGGCGGGGAGCCGUCUUGGUCAUGGACGGGGAAACGGGAUGAGAACGACUACAAAACACGCACACAGACUCUCAAGGGCACCCGGGUGACAUCAUCAAACGGCGACAACUACAUCAUCCUGUCCCCCGUGAACCCGGGAAACCAGAUAUUACAGCCUGUUUAUCCAGACAGCAAUGGGACACUAGGAACUCUUGGCCGAAUCUAUCAGUCCCACCCCUCUAGAGGGCUUCAGCAGAGCACAGGAUACCUACAGGACCCAGCACUGGAGGCACGAGCCACCCUGCGCAGGUCUCUGAACAGCAAAACUGCCACCAUACCCCCCUCAGCCUACCGACAGAGCUUCGCAAACUACCAGAACUGCACCAUCGUCCAGUCCCAUCUCCCCCACUCCAACUACGGCACUUACGUAACCCUGGCCCCCAAGAUCCUCAUCUUUCCCGUAUUCGUGCAGCCGCUGGAUCUCUGCAGCCCGGACAGAACUCUGCUGCUGUCUGAGGAGAUGAUCCUUCAUGACAGCACACACAUGUCACUUAAGGCCACAGUGUUUAUCUACACAGACCUGAUACUCCUGACCAGAGAGGAUGAGCCGGGCCGGUGCAAUGUGCUGCAGAGUCCACUGUACCUCCAUCAGAUCCAGCUGCAGGACGUUCCUGCAGAUAAACUGCGACUGUACAUCUCCUACAGAGUAGAGAGAUCGGAGUGUCUGUUCAGUUUGGAGGCCUUUUCAGCCGAGCAGAAGAGAAGAGUGUACCAGUGCUUGAGAGACAACAUUAACAAGCAGCUCACCCUGAGGGACAGAAUGGGUCCAGAUCAGAUGCUGGAGCCGAAGACUGGAGAUCAGGCUGAGCUUGGGUUGCUUGGUUUUGGAUCACACAGUGUUUCUGAACCUUGCUCUCCUUCAUGUCCCUCCGGGUCUCCGCUCACAGAGCAGAGCAGAACCAGGCUCACAACCAGCACCCCCACCGAGCGCCUCUCCUACCCGGACCUGCGCUGCGGCUCCGGCAGCUCCGGCGACGCCGUCCAGCCCCCUCCCCCGCCUGGAGACGCCGGUAAAGCUGUGUACAUGGAGACUUCUGCCAUCUGGAAGGAGAGGGGCAAGGAGCCAAAGAGAGGCGAGCAGGAGGCGGAGCUGGAGAGAAGGGAGCAGGGCGAGGGCGAGAGCGCCUCGGAGACGGUCAGCGUGGGGGCCCGUCCCACAUCUUCAUCCUCCUCAUCCUCGCCUCUCAUCAUCCCCAAACUGUGCCUGGACCGCUCCUACAAGCCGGACCCGCUGACCUCGCCGUCCACCGAUGAUGACAACGAGGAGGAGGAGGAGUAUGAGGAGGACAGUGAUGAAGGCUAUCUGAAGCGCAGGAGCCUGGUGGAGAUGUCACCCAGCCGGGGGCAGCAGAGCGGGGGGCUGUGCGUGCAGCGCUCCCUUCACCGGCGCACCCACAGCGAGGGCAGCCUCCUUCAGGAGCCCCGAUCCCCCCGCUUCAUCUCAGACCAGGCCAUCCACUGCCUGGACGACGGGAGGGAGACCCAGGACCGCUGGACCAUCCCGUCCCCUCAGACCCUGCGCAAAGAGCUCAACAAGAACGGGGGGUCCGUGCACCAAAUCUGCCUGCUGUUUACCGGCAGAAGGGUCUGCGGUGAGCCAAACUGCAAGUGUCAGAUUGGGAAAAGUGUCACGAAAAAGAAGAAAUCCAAAAAUCUGGCCAAAGACAUGAAGAAUCGACUGACCUUCCUCCGGAAGAAGAACAACGACAGACAUGGAAUCCAUCCAGCCAGCAGGCUUGAGAAAGUCUUCAAAUGGGAUAAACCCACUUCAGAGGAAGCUCUUAAAUGGGGAGAAUGUUUUGACCUGUUGCUUUCUCACAAAUAUGGAAUGGCAGCGUUCCGCUCCUUCCUGCAGACGGAGUUCAGCGAGGAGAAUCUGGAUUUCUGGCUGGCUUGCGAGGACUACAGGAGGAUCAAGUCUCUGUCCAAGAUGGCUUCCAGAGCGAAGAAGAUAUAUGCACAGUACAUCUCCAUUCAGGCGUGUAAAGAGGUCAAUCUGGACUCGUACACCCGGGAGCAGACCAAGGAGAACAUGGAGAACAUUAGCGCUGGCUGCUUUGACCUGGCCCAGAGCAGGAUCUAUGGACUCAUGGAGAAAGACCCCUACCCUCGCUUCCUCCGCUCAGACAUUUACAUGGACUUAACCCACCAGAAACGACCCGGUUCUGCAACAGAGCUGUCUUAGAGCUGCUCAGAGUCGACACUAGGAAAUCAGAACAGAGAGGCCAUCUCCACUGAUAGUACAUCCCUAUAGUACAUCCUGGAAUCAGUAGGCUGAUGUAUCUUUUACUGGAUGAUGUAAGGGCAGCAGUCGGUGUAUCACGGUGUAUCAGACUGUUGUACAGCACUGUGUACAGUAUGUACGUGUGUUAGUUGUUUUGGUUGCAGUGCUGAUAUAUAUAUACCAUCAAUAGGGGGGGGGUCUGUUCUGAGAGGCAUCUCAGAAUGACGAACGUCUGUCUUGUUUCGGCUCCAUGCUGCCCCCUGCUGGGUGACGCUGGGGAAAAAAAAGGUGACAUAAACAGAAAUGCCUAAAAAGUGAAGUGUUGGCCUUCGCCCCAUAUGGCCUCGUUGGCUUGGUGUGUGGAGGGUGAAGAGCGUGUUGUGUUGGGAUGUGAGGAAGACGAGAGAAAGCUUGGUACUGAUUUGUUUUGAUGCGCUUUGACUGCGUUUCGCUGCAGUCCUUCCCUUUCCUUCCCCGAGAACAAGGUACAUCCGUUCAGAUUUCAAACAGCGGCACAACUAACUUAACUGCCCUCUGUGCACAGAUCGGAUGACAUUUGAGUAUUGUUAUAUAUUUAUGAAUAUAGUUUACAUGCUCCCUGGGAAGAGCUAUGCCUUGUCGAUGUCAGUAUUCAUCAUCUUUCUUUUUUAACGUUACUUGUAGGAAUGCGCUGAAUAUUUGGAAAUAGCCGAAAUUAUGUGGCUAAAAAGGGGGGAAAAAAGCAAUUUUGAUGUGAAAACUACAAACUACAGUGACGUUUAGCUUGGAGUGAGAUGAUCUUUGUAAAUGCAGCAUUGGGUUUACACAUGCUUUUUAAAGUGUCAGAGAAUGACCUAAGAAUGUCUGGACACUUCUAUACAGGCAAAAUUAAUGAAAACCUGCAAAAAAAAAAAAAACCUCUGUAUUUGGUGUUUGAUAUUCAGUAUUUUAAUCCAAAUGCAUCGUAUACGUUUUAAGUUCAGCCAAAUAUGGUCUUUUUAAGUGCAUCCCCAGUCACUUAUUUCAUUUAGGAGAGUUUAUAGACCUUGAUUGCCACCUGGGUUGCCACCCAUUCUGUAAAAUACAGAACAUCCUUUAUUUGGCAAUUAAAUUUUCCGGCUUGUAUUGAACCAAUAUGCGCAGCGAUUUGUUCUUUAUUUCAAUAAAUGCCCAUCUAUAACAAAUAUACAGCUCUGGAAAAAAAAGAGACCACUUCAGUUUCUGAAUCAGUUUCUCUAUAAAUUUUACUAUUUAUAAGUAUGUGUUUGAGUAAAAUGAAUAUUGUUGUUUUAUUCUAUAAACUACAGACAACAUUUCUCCCAAAUUCCAAAUAAAAAAUAUUGUCAUUUAGAGCAUUCAUUAGCAGAAAAUGAGAAAUGGCUAAAAUAACAAAAAAAAAGAAGCAGAGCUUUCAGACCUCAAAUAAUGCAAAGAAAAAACAAGUUCAUAUUCAUAAAGUUUUAAGAGUUCAGAAAUCAAUAUUUGGUGGAAUAACCCUGGUUUUUAAUCACAAUGUUCAUGCAUCAUGGCAUGUUCUCCUCCACCAGUCUUACACACUGCUUUUGGAUAAUUUUAUGCCUUUACUCCUGGUGCAAAAAUUCAAGCAGUUCAGUUUGGUUUGAUGGCUUGUGAUCAUCCAUCCUCCUCUUGAUUAUAUUCCAGAGGUUUUAAAUUAGGUAAAAUCAAAGAAACUCAUCAUUUUUAAAUGGUCUCAAUUAAGUCCCUUAAUUUAAUUUCUGAACGGUGGCAAGUUUUUAGUUUUCAGUACAGUAAACAGUAUGAAGAUCGCAAAACAUUGGAUAUCCCUGGUCUAAAAUAAUAAUCUGCCAGUCUUUAUAUGGUGUCCAAAUGUUAUGAUGAUUGAACCAGUAAGAAAAAGGCUCCAAAUUUGGACUUGAAACUAAAUAUUUAUAUUUCAUUGAUUUUCAUAAAAAAUGUAAGAAGUUUUUUUUUUUUUUAAAUCUUCUCCUUUAAACGUCGCCUGUAAAGUUUUUGGGGAUGCACGACACGCCUUUUGCAUGACAGUGAAAAUUGGUAAGUUUUCAACCUGCUUAUGCUUCACUGGCUGCUGAUCUCUCAUUUCCAUAUCUGGAAAAAAUGCAUAUUUAUUACAUUUACAAUAAAAUGUAUUAAUGCAGUACAGGAGACCCCUACCAGCCCACCUUAAAAGACUAGACCGGCUUAAAAAAGGUGAACAGGCAUGACUUUCUGCCAUAUAGCUGGAAAUUGUUUCAGGCAAUGUCUGAUUUGUUUCCACUACAGGACAUGUUUUGUGUGGAUUAGGCAAGGGGCGGGGCCUGUGUUGUGCUCUAUUCACACAUGAGCUCACUCAGCCAAUACCCAGACUUUAUACUAAGGGACUGUCAGGAUAAAGUUCAGGUGAUGUUCAGUUCAGUACAACUAAUCCUGAGAUAUUUGUGUUCACACACACGUCUCACACUUUUCUGGAUUACAGUAUCUAGAAAAGAUCUGGGACAGAUACCCUGAAUGUUUGAAAGGGGCUUUAUUGGUCAUUUCAGUAGAUGAUAAUAAUCAUUAUCAAUAUAAUAAAGGAAAAGGUAAAGGGAGCAGAGUGAAAAGGUGAAAAGGUAACACACAUAUAUAAGAAUAUAUGAAUAUAUGGAAAUAUGAAACUCUGAGAUAUAUAUAGCCUAGCUAUUUGUGUUGUUAAACAAAAAUAUGGGUGUUUUCUGUUGGUAGGGAGUCUGUUAUUUAAGCGUACUGAGAUCUGAGAUGUUAAACAAACAACAAACAGAAAAAAAAUCAAACCUCAAUAUACUGUAUAUGUUUUCUAAUUCAUACUGAGUAACUCUCUAAGCAUAGAGGUGCAGUGCAUGUUCCGUGCAUAAACGUCAAGAGUCACUUAAUGGGAGGCGGCGGAGCUUCUGUCAGUGUUUUAAUCUUACAGGAGAUCAGAUUUUUAUUAAAUUGCUCUUAUUGUCUUUUUUUUUUGUCUUCUUUUAAUCCUAUCUCUUUGUAAGUAUGAUUAUUGCUGUAUUUAUUUGUGGUCUCAUAAUCCACUUACUGCUGCUUGUGAGUGCUCAGUAUUCAGAACAAAUAAAGCUACGUCAAAUAAUGUA